AUGGAAGAGGAUGGUCAUCCGAGCAAUGCCGCCGCAGUCGCAGCCUCCCCAAGGCGUGCACGCUUCGAGGAAAGGCUCAAAUUCCUUCCAGUUGCCUACAUGGUUAUCGCAAUGUUGUUGCUCGCUUGUAUCUACCUGCAGUAUCACAUCUCUCCGCUCUUGUCCCGCAAAGCGGCACACCUCCAGAUGCCUGAUGCCGCAGCGGCAGGUGAGCUCCGAGGCCUUAUCCAGUUGAGCAUGUUCGUACCCAUCACUGUGUUGCUGGCGAUCUGCUAUGUACGUAGCAUUUUGACGCAUCCUGGCGAGAUCCCUGAUGAUCCUAAAUGGGAGUAUAUGCCCAGGGAUAAGUCGGUCGUGCUGGCACCAUUGAGCUUACAGGAGACCAAGAAAUCCGGGGAGCGAAGGCACUGCAAGUGGUGUGGGAAGUACAAGCCUGACAGAUGCCAUCAUUGCCGAGUUUGCCGCACAUGCAUUCUGAAGAUGGACCAUCACUGCCCGUGGAUCUACAACUGCGUUGGCUGCUUCAAUUACAAGUUUUUCAUCUUGUUGCUCUUUUAUUCCGCCUUGGACUGUCAUCUCAUCAUGUGGUCGAUGAGCGAGUCUGUUCUUCGUUGCGUUAACAUUGAGCAGACGCCCUUCCAAGAAAUGUUUAUCAUCUUGUUUGGCGAGUUCUUGGCGUUCAUCUUGGCCUUCCUAGUUAGCGCUUUCCUGGCUAUGCACCUAUGGCUCAUUUCAAGAGGUUUGACAACCAUCGAGUUCUGUGAGAAGUCGCUGCCGAAGGAUGGGCAGCCUGCUGAACGCAGCAUGAAGUCUGUGUACAACUUGGGACUCUAUGGCAAUUUCCGGGCUGUGCUCGGCAACAGCGUUGCUGUUUGGUUGCUUCCACUUGGAAUGCCUGAGGGUGACGGCAUCACCUUUGUGUGUGAUGAAACAUGCCUCACCAAGGACAUUGAUGCAACAAAUGGCAUCCGACGCAAGACACAUCAAGUCGCCCAGCGGCAGAGGCCAUUCUCCUACGGGUCCGAUGCGUCAGAACUGCAUCGGAUGGGCAUGAAUUUCCCGGUCUUCAACCACACUGAUGCACAGCCAUAA